AGCGUGGCUACAGUCUGGUAAUCCACACACACACGGACACACACACACACACAAAGGAUUGUGAAGGCAAAUCAAAUCGUCUGAUGGGAGAUCUUUUUCCCGGCAAAUGACACGAAGACGUGUUGGCGCGAUAGCGCUUCGUGAGCACGGGGAGCGGAGGUCGGGACGCGCCGGUGGUCCGCUGGAGUGAUCGCGUCGUUCGGUCUGACGCUGUGUCAUCGGUCGGCGGGUGGCAAAUCGGACACUUGUGGCUUUCACGGGAGAUAUGGACCGAAGUUGAGGGACCACCCGCGACUGUCUUCAUUACUUGGGACAACACGCCGGCGACAUCACAUGGACCCCAUUUCUAGGGGUUUCGACUCGCAGCCCCGCAUCAUGGAGUAAGUUCGGCGUCAGGAGUUGGUUGGCUCUCGGUGAUCGCAGCAACUGCGUCGGCUCCUCUUCUCCACCCGGACGGGCGGUGAACUUGACCCUUGCUUCAUCCUGGUGAAGGGUGUUCCAUGAUGGGACACGGCGACCGGCUGCCGUGAGGAUGAACCACCGGAGCAGUCCCGCCAAAGCGUACGACUUUCUGCUCAAGUUUCUCCUGGUGGGGGACAGCGACGUGGGCAAGGGGGAGAUCUUGGCGAGUCUUCAGGACGGAGCCACGGAGUCUCCGUACGGCUACAACACAGGAAUCGACUACAAGACGACCACCAUCCUCCUCGAUGGAAGAAGAGUCAAACUGCAGCUCUGGGACACAUCGGGCCAGGGGCGGUUCUGCACCAUAUUCAGAUCCUACUCCAGAGGAGCCCAGGGAGUUAUUCUAGUCUAUGACAUCACCAACCGCUGGUCCUUCGACGGUAUUGACAGAUGGAUUAAGGAGAUAGAUGAGCAUGCCCCAGGUGUGCCUAAGAUUCUGGUGGGGAACCGACUGCACCUGGCUUACAAGCGGCAGGUGACCACUGAGCAGGCCCAAGUGUAUGCCGAGAGGCUGGGAGUCACCUUCUUCGAGGUCAGCCCGCUGUGCAACUUCAACAUUACAGAGUCCUUCACCGAGCUGGCCAGGAUUGUCCUCAUGAGACACGGCAUGGAGCGGCUCUGGAGGCCUAACAAAGUUCUGAGCCUCCAGGACCUGUGCUGUCGAUCCAUCGUGUCCUGCACCCCCGUCCACCUGGUCGACAAACUGCCUCUCCCCCUGGCCCUCAAGUCCCACCUCAAGUCCUUCUCCAUGGCCAAUGGCCUCAAUGCCAGAAUGAUGCACGGACGCUCCUACUCGGUCACCGCCAAUGCCAACACAACCCACAGUGCCACCAAGAGGACUGGAGGAGCCCUGCUGAAAAAGCCCAAACUCAUCCGGCCCCCGCCCCUCAGUCCGUCUGCCCAGAGCUGUGCACGAAACAGUUGCAAAAUAUCUUAACUGUGUUCGGUGCCGUGCGUAUGUGUUUGGGCAGGAGAGGAAGUAGUCAUGGCAAAACGAGGAAGCCCUUGAUGCGGUGAUGUACAGUGCACGUUGUAACUGCAGCUAAUUGGGGUCUGUUGUUAGGAUGUCAGACAAGUACCCCCUGCUGACACCGAUAUCAUCACUGGUACCGUCCACCGCUCCCAGGAUGCUGAUCCCAACAUGUCAAUGUGUAGUUUUAAAAAAGUCAGCAAAUUUGAUGGUGGAUAGGCUAGCUAGAUUUGAGACAAGACCCGAAAUGAGCAGCUUGACCAAAAUGAGAGUUUUGAGACGCACGUCUUUGACACUUUGACGACAGGGCAUCACAAAGAAGGACACAGUGCAUUGCAUGACUACAAAUGGCCUCAAUGCAUUCAUCACGUGGUGGAUAGCAUGAAUCAUACCCGACAAGCACCAAACCCCUCAGUCUCUAAUGGGCUAUUACAUGGGAAAGAGGUGAGUUUGGGGUAAUACAGGUUGGAAAUCAUGGGAUUUUCCAUCUUUAAGGAUGAUUUAUUAUUGUCUACCACAGAUGUGCAACCUCUGUCUCAGGAUGAUUUGUAUAAAAGUAUAUAUUCGUUUGUGUGCGUAGACAGGAUACACACAGGAUGCAAAUUAUGGGGGUUGGAUGGGGGGGGCUAAGCACCCUGAAUGACCUUUGAGCCCCUCUAAAGAAGCAAAGAUUUAUCAUGAGGGGCGGCAAAAAUUGAAGCAUAAAUCAGUGUUGGAGUUUAUGAUCGUUGUGUUAGAGACGAUUUUUCUUUUUGUCGUGGCAAAAAGGGACCCCCAACCCUGCCGAAUGACUUGGUGUAAUUCGCGCACUGGUUAUACACAUGCAUUUUAAUGCAGACAGACACAAAACAAACACACACACGAAGACACUGGCAGACACUUUUAAAACCCCGAUUUUCCGCAUUUUACCCGUAUGCAUGGACACACAUUUGAAUUCGUAUCUGUCAUUUUAAAUAAAAUACUGUACUGUGGGGCGGUGCUAUCGUCACAAACUGCUUUUAAAAAGUCCCAUCCCAAAAACAUAACCCUGCUUUAUGGUGCGCCCCCCCCCCAUCUAACGAAAUCUGGAUUUUCAGAUACACUAACAACGGCAAUUUGUGUAUGAUAUUUGUAUGAUAUGUAUUGUAAAUAUUGUUGUUUGAAACGAUAUUGUAGUCAUUCAGUCGGGUUUGUAUCCGUUUUUCAAUGUACAGUGAUGUUAUUUUUUCCCUCUAAUGUAUGAAUGACAUGGCCACCCCAAAGGCAUACCUGAUGUUGAGGAUGUCACCUAACAGAACCGCCUGUUUUGCACAGUUUAUCAAUGUUUAAUAAGGCACACAUUUCCAAUAAAUUUUAUCA